AAAAAAUGUAUUGUUAAUUUUUUAGCUUGCUGGUAUUUCACAGGAAAUUGAUCCUAGAUUAUCUAAAAAAAUAAUAGAUUAUGCCAAUGAAGUAAAAAGUAUACACGAAAUGAAACGCCUACUAAAAAUCUUUGUUAAAAAUGACAUGUUUGAUAAAACAUCUAUGCCUGAUUUAAGAAAUAGGCGAUUUUUCCCUACCAACAACAUUAUUCGAUCGCAUAUGGUACAAGCACGAAAGAAAUUACAACUUUCUUUUAUUGACCAGGAAUGCCUUCUUGAUAAAAUAAAAAUGUGGCAAAACGAGGAUCCAUCAGUAAAUAUUUUUUUUCGACCUAAAAACAACUACACAUUAAAUAACAUAGCAGACAAAAUACAUAAAAAUGAAGACAUUAAUGAAGAAGAAGAUGAUUUGAAGUUUACUGAAAAUGAUUCAGAAAAAUCACUAUUAUUUGUUUACCAAUCAAUAUGGCAAUGCAAACUUGUGCGUCGAUAUGGUAAUGAAAUGCUCCUUUUAGAUGCAACCUAUAAAACCACCAGAUAUGUUUUACCAAUUUUUUUUAUAGAAGUCAAAACAAAUGUUGACUACCAAAUAGUUGGAUGCUUUAUUACAGAAAAUGAAACGAAAAGAGCAAUCUAUGAGGCAUUGCAUGUUUUAAAAAAAAUGAAUCCAAACCUUUCUCCUAAAUUUUGCAUGACAGAUUACUGUAAUGAGGAAAUUGAUGCAUUGGAAGAAACUUUUCCUGAUUGUAAAGUUUUGGUCUGCGAUUUUCAUCGGGAACAGGCCUGGGAGCGUUGGUUGGUAAAAGUCUCAAAUGGUUGUGCUAAUCACAAAUCCAAUAUCCUGCUCAAACUGAGAAAAAUUGCUCAUUCAACAACUAUAAAUGCUAUGGAGUUAGCUGUAAUGGAUUUGAAACAAUCUGAUUUUUGGAAUAACGAAAACUUUUUAAAGUUAAGAAAGUAUAUAGAAACUUAUUGGUUACCUAUCAAAGAGCGUUGGGUUUGGGCAUACCGUCAAAACCGCCUACUUGUUAAUUUAAACACUAACAAUGGAGUGGAGAGGCAAAACAAAUCUUUUAAAUAUUUUUACCUCCAACGAUUUAAAAAUUAUUCAUUAACUGGAAUGCUAACAAUCUUAAUUGAAGAGUUUUUUAUAGAUAAAUAUCAAAGCUAUACUGAAAAGAACUUCAAAAUGGACUCGAGGUAUCGUCGAUACGCAAAAAUAAUACCAAAUUUUUUAAUAAAUAGGCCUCGUGCAUUGGUCAAGCAUUGCCUUCAGAAAAUCAGUUUAGCUGGAAGCAUUGAUUUAUCUAAAGUCACAAUGAUAAACCAUGGGGUUUUUUCCAUUAAAAAUAAUAAAGAAAACUACCAAAUUAAUUUUGGAAAUGAUAGAUCUAUGCCUAACUGCACAUGUCCUUCCUGGCGUUCAUCUUGCUUUCCCUGCAAGCAUUUUUUUGCCAUUUUUAGAAAGUUUCCACUCUGGCAAUGGGAUGCAUUGUCAGAACUCUAUCUUAAUUCACCAUUCUUAACAUUAGACAAUGAAGAAAAUACUUUACCUGACAAAAUAAAUUGUUUUCAAAAUAAAGAAACUUUGUAUGCAACAAAUGAAUGUGACAUUAGUUUACCAAUUUCUAAAAAUCUAGACUUGUCUGAAGAAAUAAAUGCCAAAAAAAUGUGUAAUAUUGAUUUAAAAAAAGAAAGUGUUUUUGCUGGGGACUGUAGGGAGCUCAUUAGUUUAAUUAAAAAUCAAUUGUAUGAGGUCAACAAAAGUACCAGUCUUUUUACAGAAGUAUAUAGCCUGUUACUGAAAGCGUCAAAGCUUCUACAAGAAAAUACUACCCACGAGAGUGGCAUACCUAUUAUUCAGCAACAACAUGUUAAAAACUUUAAACUUUUAGACUUGCCAAAAAAGCGUAAAAAAAAAACAUAUUCUAAUCGCUUGAUAUUCCCAGACAUGACUUUGAAGCGAUUGGUAGCAAUAAAAUGCUAACUGACAACAUCAUUAAUGCUGCACAAAAAAUGUUGCUACGUCAGUACCCUAAUGCUAAAGGUUUACAAGACCCCAUUCUUGGCCAAAACCUCAGUUUUAGCAUUCUAAAAGAUGAAGAGUUUGUUCAAGUGUUGCAUGAUGGGUGUGCUCAUUGGUUUGCGAUUAGCACAGUAAACUGUUUAUCAGGGCAUGUUUUUGUAAUGGAUAGUUAUUUUAGAGGUAAACUUAGCCAUGCCACAAUGAGACAAAUAUGUUCAAUAAUUCGUUGCCCAUUAAGUAAAAUUAAAGUUACAGUUUUACCAGUUCAACAACAGACAAAUGGUAUUGACUGUGGCAUCUAUGCAAUUGCUUUUGUACAAUACCUGUUACAUUUUAAGGACUAUCCCACAAAUGUGAAUUUUGAUCAAACAAAACUGAGAACCGAGCUGCUUAACUCUUUUAAAAACAACUAUUUAAGUUUGUUUUCAACCACAACAAACAAUGUCAGACGAAAUGUUGAAAAGGAGAUAUAUUUAGAUUUAUACUGCACUUGCAGAAUGAUUUGGGUCCCAUCAGAUAAAAAUAUAUUUGGAAGGCACAUGGUAGAAUGUUCAGGAUGUUUGCAGUGGUUUCACAGAAUGUGCGAAAGAAUUUCAGAUAAUGUUCUUAAUGAUGACAAUAUCAACUGGCAUUGUUCAACUUGUGAUAAAAUAAAAUAAUGAUACUUCAGU